GACUGGCGCAGGGCGGGACUUCCGGCCCCACACGCACUCACUUCCGCCUCCAUCCGGAAGCGCUGUGGCCGACCGCACGGGUCGGUCGCGUGGGGACCUGUCUGUCGGGUGCCGAGCGGGGCUGUGGUGGCUUCAGGCGCGCGCAGCGAUGCUUACGCCUGCGUUCGAGCUGACCCAGGACUACGACUUCCUCACCGUCGCCAUCCGCGUGCCCCACGCGCGCGCCUCCGAGUUCGACGUAUACUUCGAGGGGGUGGACUUCAAGUUCUACGCCAAGCCGUACUUUCUGAGAUUAACACUGCCUGGAAGGAUUAUAGAAAAUGGAUCUGAGCAAGGAUCCUAUGAUGCAGAUAAAGGAAUUUUUACCAUUCGAUUGCCCAAGGAAACUCCUGGCCAGCAUUUUGAAGGGCUAAACAUGUUAACUGCUCUUCUGGCCCCGAGAAAAUCCAGGUCUGCCAAACCACUUGUGGAAGAAAUAGGUGCUUCCGGGGUGUCUGAGGAGGGAGCGGACGAUGAGGAUGAAGAGUUUGACUGGGAAAUCGAGCAGACUCCUUAUGAAGAGGUCUCAGAAAGUACUCUGCAGUCGCAGUGUCACUAUGGAUUUGGAAACCUGCGGGCCGGUGUGGUUCAGCGCUUACAGGAUGAACUGAGUGAGGUUAUCGAUAUUAAGGAUCCAGAUUUCACUCCUGUGACUGAACGGAGGCAUAAACGCCUUGCUGCUGAGUUGGCCAAAUUUGAUCCAGAUCAUUAUCUAGCUGACUUCUUUGAAGAUGAGGCAGUUGAGCAGAUUUUGAAGUACAGUCCUUGGUGGGACGAUGCACAUGCAGAAAUGAUGGCCUCUUUGGGAAGGAGCCAAGAGCAAGAGGAUGCGGCUGCAUUAGUGUCUUUUUCAGAAGAGGAAAAAUAUCAGCUACGAAAAUUUGUGAAUAAGUCUUACCUGCUGGACAAGACAGCUCACCGUCAAGUGUACUACAGUUUAGUUGACAUCCUUCUGGCCUAUUGCUAUGAAGUACGUGUCACUGAAGGAGAGCACAACGUUGAGUCUGCGUGGACCAUCAGAAAGCUGAGCCCAACACUCUGCUGGUUUGAGACAUGGACAGACGUUCAUGAAAUCCUGGUGUCCUUUGGAAGGAGAGUUUUGUGCUAUCCACUUUAUCGUCAUUUCAAGCUGGUGCUGAAAGCCUACAGAGACACUCUAAAGAUACUGCAACUAGGUAAGAGUGCAGUUUUAAAGUGUCUCCUGGAUGUUCACAAAAUCUUUCAGGAAAAUGACCCAGCAUAUAUUUUGAAUGAUCUCUACAUCUCAGACUACUGUGUAUGGAUUCAGAAGGCCAAGUCCAAAAAGUUGGCUGCCCUAACAGAAGCCCUGAAAGCAGUCUCGCUCAGUAAGGCCCAGCUGGGAUUGGAGCUGCCAGAACUGGAAGCUGCCGCGCUUCUUGUCCAGGAGGAAGAAACUGCAGGAAGAGCAGCCCAGUGCAGUCCCACACAGCAGGCUCCACACUCCAGUCCCGAGCCCAGUGACUCGGACAGCACCUCGUCAUCUGACACAGAAGGCUCGGCGUCGGAGCAAGAGGAGCCUGUUGGGACCCAGCCCUCCCUGCUCACUUCUCUGCCAGCCCCCCUUUUGGAAGAGGACAGUGCCCUGGUCAUCAGGGAUAGUGGGCUCUGCAGAAACAUGGCCAGCCAGGGAGGUGAAGUCAGUCCAGGACAGCCACUGGCCUCUCCCCGGGCUCCACUGAUAGAAGAGCUUGGAGAUGAGCUGAAGACCAUGCUUUGGGUUUCCACACCGCAUGGUGUCAAUGCUGGGAGCCACAGGAGUACACAGGAGGCAGAGGAGAGGGAUCAGGAGCCCUGUGACUGACUCAAGUGGUAGGCUCAUUUGGGGCACUAAGUCAACUGUGCUCUCGUACAGAAGUGGAAUUUCUGAUUUUGGUUGUGUACUUUUUCUGUGUGGGCAUAGAACAUUGUUUUUCAGUGAGCUAACAUAUAUACCUUUCAAAUUUUUUGUUUUGCAACUUGAAAAAUCAAUUUCUAAAGUAUUCUUUAUAAGGUGUAAAUAAUUUAAAAUGAAGAUCAUAGUUCUACUAGGAAAAUCUCUAGACCAGUGGUUCUCAAUCUUCCUAAUGCUGUGACCUUUUAAUACAGAUCCACAUGUUGUGGUGACCCCCAACUAUAAAAUCAUUUUGUUGCUACUUCAUAACUAUAAUUCCCUACUGUUAUGAAUUAUAAUGUAAAUACUUGAUAUGCAGGCUAGCUGUUAUGUGACCCUGAAGAUGUCAUGACCCACGGGUUGAGAACUGCUGCUCUAGACUGUAGCAGGAUACCUUGGACAGGUAGCACUCAGAUUUGAAGUGUGCACUAUGAGGAAAUAAUAACAGGUAAAUUCACCAGGUGAGAUGCUCACUGAUUUCAGGGGAAAUCGGAGUAAUAAAUUUCCUCAUUAUCUUCAGCUGUUCUUGGACCAUUUGACAUCCCUUUCUCUGGUCCAGAUGCCACCCACCGUGUUCCCUGAUCUGCUUGCAUUGUGCAUAAACUGAAGCAUGCAGUGCGCUCUUUUCAGAGAGCUCAUUUCACUGUACAUAAUUAUCGUGAGAUUGAUGUGUGUGCUAAUAUGUGCCGAGUCUUGUGUUGUCUUCUCAGAGCAGAGACCAUUUCUUGGAAAUGGUCCUUCCACCCACUGAUGGACAUUUGAGUUGCUGCCAUUAUUUUGACUGUUAAUAAAACUGUUGUGAGCAUUUGGAUACAA